AUGGAUAUUGUCUUCCAUUCUGGAGUAAAUGGCUCAGACCCCUGGGUUGAAUUCUACCCCUACAAUCCAUCCCAGACAGCAGGAUACGCCUUUAUGGGCAUCUUCGGCUUUGCGACGGUAAUCCACCUAAUACUCAUGAUCCCCUACCGCGCAGCAUACUUUAUCGCGCUCAUUUUAGGAGGAAUAUGUAAGCGAAACAACGGCUACUACGGACGAGCAUGGUCCCACAACAACAGAACGCAGAUUAAAUCUUGGGCACUGCAACAGAUGCUGAUUCUAUGUGCUCCUCCUCUCGUUGCCGCAACCAUCUACAUGGUUCUCGGUCGUAUUAUCCGCGCCUUCAACGCAGACCACCACUCUAGCAUUCGAUCCAGGCGACUCACAUUCAUCUUCGUGGCGAAUGAUGUUCUGUGCUUCCUGACUCAGAUUUUUGGAGCCGGGGACCAGAUCACAGGGAACGAUAAUAUUAUGAACAUUGGUCUAAAAGUGGUAUUAGUAGGUCUGAUAUUUUCGCUGGUUGUGUUUGCCUUGUUCGUGUGGGUCGCUUUCGUUUUUCACAGACGGUUGAAGAGGGAUCCCACGCCUGUGGCGGAGCAGAAUACAGAUCUACAUUGGGAGAGGUAUAUGUGGGCGAUAUAUAUCUCUUGCUUCGCGUUGAUGCUUCGGAACCUUGUGCGGACGAUUGAGUUUGCGGCACCGAAGUCGGCGGUGGGAAGGAUUUGA